AUCUAUAACACUAAAUAAAAUUUCAGACACCCUAGUUAAAAAAAUUAAAGUGUAAAACAAAAAAUCCUCCAAAUAUGGAAUAUCUAGUAUACAAAAUAGAUAUAAUUCGUUAUUUGGACAAAACAGAAGGCCUAAUCGAGCUAGGAAACUCCGCACAAGAUUAUAUUAAAAAUACCCAAUUUUAUCGUAACGAAUUAACUCUACCAUUCUUUUACACCCUUAAAUUAGAUUUCCCUCUUCUCGUAGAAUAUGCAGGGAGUUUUGCUGAAUUAUUGAUAAACGAGCCUGAUGAAGCUGUUGAGAUUUUGAAGCAAAUAUUCCAAGAAUGUGUCAACACAUCAUUUGGAAUUGAUUUGAAUGCCAGCCUUAUAAACAUUGACCUUAGGAUUUCUUGCCUUCCAUUUAAACCAGAAGAUGAUUUCCAGCCAAAUUCAAAAACGGGUUUAUUUAGCAUUUGUGGAAUUCUUUCAGGCCGGAGCACAGUGUGUAAAUACAUGCGAAGCACUGUUUAUUUCUGCCUGGCCGAGAGUUGUUGGGGUGGCCAGCAUCAGGUCGUAUUUGGGAGUAGGCCACCGCCAAAAUGUCAAGAAUGUGGAAAAGACAAAACUGAAUUAGUCAAAGCUAGAAAUUCUGGUGAUCACGUUUUUUGUACGUUUAUGAAAGCUGGGCUGUUAAAUUCUCCAGAUGCAAGGAGAUACCAAGGGAUAUCUGUUGAAUUUCAAGAUGAUCUAUGUUCAGACCUUGUUCUUGGAAUUCGCUAUAGUGUUGUAGUUAAAAGAGUACAAAAUGGUUUGUGUGCAUUGGGAAUCCAAAGAGUACAGCAUACAAUUAACCAAAUAUAUUUACCAGUUUCUCCUAAAAUUAUUGCAGUAUAUAAUGAAAUAAGGGAGUUGUGUGGUGGCUCCCCUUGGUGCAUUGUGAAUUUUUUAGCGUCUCAGUUAUACGUCGAAUCUUAUCCUGUUUCGGCAUUUACCCAAUUAAAAACUGGCCUUCUCUUAAGCCUUGCCUCAGUGUAUGGAAAAUUUCCUGUGCCGAUAUUGGCGCUGGGAGACUGCGACAAGGUCAUGAGUUCUGCUUGCAGACUAAGCAGAUUUGGUGUGAAUUCGAUAGUUUCACUUUCAACCUCACCGACGGGAGAGGUCGUAAUGGAAGCAAACGGCGUCUGGCUUGAAGCCGGGCCUCUCCUUCUAGCAUCUCAAGGGAUUCUCUAUAUUGGAAAUGUCCCCAAAAUUAAUUCAUUAAAAUUUAAACAAAUCGCUUCCGCAGUGGAAAGUGAAAAGAUUACUCUGUGCCAUAAAACUAUCUGUUCCACUUUUGAACCGUCAAUAUUGACCUAUCCGUUGCAAUCUGCAGUCUGGACUCACUGGACAUUACAUAACAAAUCACAGCAGGAAAUCAAUCAUCUAAAAACACUGAUAAAUGUUUUUGGCUUACCUUUUCUUUCUUAUAUAGGAAGUACUGAUGAAAUUAUUUCCACUUGUUUGUUGAAUGAAGCAGCGGGAUCAAUUUUGUUCAAUAACGACACAAUUCUAGAUCAAUCAAUACUGAAAGAAAUAGUUGAGCUGGCAUCGGCCCAAGUCGUUGAAAUAUCCCCUACCGCAGUCGAACUAAUUCGGAAUUAUUUUGUCGCAAGCCGGAGAGAAAGGCCAGAGGCUCUGCCUGUAAAAUCGAUCAAAAUUAUAUCGUCAUUGGCAGAGGCUCACGCUAGAAUUUCUAUGCGGAGUAUCGUAACCGAUGAAGACGUGAUAGCGGUGAUUUUCCUAUAUGAAGAAACCAUAAGUUCGUUGUUUGGACCGUGCGUGCUAAAGGAACCACCAAAACGGGAUGUCAAUGGAACCGAUUCAUUUCAAUACGUUAAACAGAUGGAUGUUACUCUUGAACAAUUUAAGAAUUGGCUUGAAGAAUAUAUAAAUUUGUUAAUUGGAUAUAACUUUAUUGAUGACAAAUUUGAAUUGAAAAAUGUCUUCUAGUA